AUGUCUUCUAUCCACUACAAAUUCUCCGCUUCUGCGAGAUAUCACACCGUCCAAUUCAAUGGCCUCAGUAUAUCUCUUGCGGAUCUCAAGCGCGAGAUCAUGGAAAAGGAGCAGCUAAAGCCAACCGAAAAUGAUCUGUCAAUCUCCAAUGCUCAAACUAGAGAAGAGUACAGAAAUCUAAACGAGCAGAUACCCAAAAACUCGUCAGUUCAAGUCAGGCGUACUCCACUUGGUGCCUCUCGUUUGGCCAACCAAGGUGGCCAAACUUAUGCUGUCAAAAAGACGACUAAGCCUACUGUAUCUAAAGAAGAGCUGAUGAAUCAUGCGAAUCUAGCGGAAAUGAGCUCUCAGGCGAAAGAAGAAGAUCUGAUGGAUGCUGUCAUCAAGCAGUCUUCUCUCGGCUACGAUGAGCAUCGUUGGAAGGGAAAAGGCCGUGGUUACAAAUCCGACCAGCCAGCUCCAAGCUAUCUUCGCUGUUACAAGUGCCAAGGCCAGGGGCACUAUCCCAAUCAAUGCCCAAUGCCAAAGAAGAUGGACAAGCCAAUGCGCGCUCCAACUGGCAUUCCUCGUUCAAGCUUCGUCAAAGCUAGUGCAACUGAUCCCGGCGCCAAGCUUGAAUCCCCCGGAGUUUAUGUUGUUACCAAGCUUGAAAAACAAGCGUACCUUGACCCGAAGAAGGAGCGACCUCCCUUCCUUCCUCCACUCAAAAAAGAGAAUGAAGAUGAUCAAGAGCAAGUUCCAGACGAACUUUGCUGCCCAAUUUGCAAUGAAUUGAUACAAGACGCGAGGAAAACACCCUGCUGCUCAACAACGUACUGCAAUAACUGUAUUACUCAGAAGCUACUCGACUCGGAUGACAGCUUAUGUCCAAAAUGCAAGAAACAACUGAAGCCUGUUGAAAUGCUGGAAGACAAGAUUGUCAAAGACGAAGUUAUUCAAUUCAAGAAUCGAAAUGACUACCGACGAAAGGGACAGAUCUGGCCUUCAGCAGUUCAAAAGAAGCCCGCUGCUGCACCUAGAAAAAUUGAAUACGGCGGCUACGGAGCCGUCCACAAAGCUGGAAAUACAGAGUCUAACCCACUCUCUUCCGGAUAUACUGUGACGGCAAAGACAGAGCCUGUAACCCUAGUUAAAGUUGAGUCAAGUCCGUCCGUUACUGCACCUGCUGCCGCAGCACCUACCAUGUCUGUUCCUCCUCCGAUGUUCCCUCCUGUUCCACCGCCGACAAGUCAGGCAAUGCCGCCGAUGAACCCGUCUGUCCCUCCUCCAGGGAUGAACACUACUGUUCCUCCACCAAACGUCCCUCCUCCUGCUGCAAACCAGAUAACUGCCCCGAGCAUAACAGCUCCCCCUCCAAUUCCACCGCCUGGUGUUCCCCCUCCUACUGCCACAACGGAUGCGCCAACAAUGCCACCCAUGCCGCCAGGAAUGCCACCGAUGAUGCCGGGUAUGCCGCCAAUGAUGCCAGGAAUGCCCCCAUUCGGUUUCCCAGGCUUUCCGGGCGUUCCACCAGGCAUGCCAUGGAAUUAUCCAAUGCCAGGAAUGAAUGUUCCGCCACCAGGAACAACUGGAGAAAUUAGACGAGCCCGCUCACGCUCGAAAUCCAGAGACCGUCAUCGUUAUCGCAGCUAUUGGAAGAACCGAUCGCGUUCAAGAUCCCUCGAGAUCGCAGCCGGGACCGGAGUCGAAGCCGAAGCGGAGACAGAAGCCGACGUUCGGGGAGAGAUCGAAGAAGAGACCGCUCGUCCUCGCGAGAUCGUGGCCGAGAUCGAAGUCGACGACAUAGAAGUCGGAGCAGAAGCAAAUCAAGAGACAGAUCAAAGCGGCGCAGAUCUCGAAGCAAGUCAAGAAGUCGCUCUCGUUCCAGAUCGCCAAGGAGACGAUCGGUUACACCUGAUCGAAAGGAACAACGCGGUAGAUCAAGAACUCCCGACAAAGAAGCUGACUCUGGGGAACGCUCAGACUCGCCCAAGCCCGAGGAGCAUAAGAAAUCUAAGAAGUCCAAAAAGGAGAAAAAGGAAAAGAAAGAGAAAAAGCAUCGACGAGAUCGAACACGCUCCCGAUCUGGAGAGCGUCAUUCUCGGAAACGCAAGUCUCGGACGAAAUCCAAAUCAAAAUCCGUCGAAAAAGCUCUCCCUGAAAAAGGAACAAGGGUCAAACGCGUCUUCUGAAAGCAGCCCAGUGCGAAACAAGCGGAAGCGAUCAUCGGAAGACGAUGCAGAGGACAAUCUCAUCAAUAAGCGAAAAAGCCUUGGCCCGGAGAAGUCUGAUGAUUCCAAAACCGAGCAGGAGGGAGAAGCGACGUCAAAUGAAGCGAGCGAGAAAGCGCCAGAUUCUCCCGAAGACGAGAAGCCAUCGUCUGGACCUGAGCUCAUCGAUGCAUGCAAAUGGAAGCCUGUCGAUACAGAGAAAACCAAUGGAGCUCAUUCGCCCGAAACUGCUGAUGACAUUACUCACCAAGUAAUGGAUAUGGACAUGGACGACAACAACACAGAAAAAUCAGAUCAACUUGAAAUCAACGUCGGCGAAGAUGCCGAGCUGAUGGCUGAUGUCAAACUACCCGACCUGCGCACGGUCAUUUCUAGGUCAAAUUCACAAUCGGACGCCUCCGACGGAUACGAAAUUAAACCGCUCAAAAGAAAGAAGUCGAAAGAUAAGAAAGAGAAGAAGUCUAAAAAGUCCAAGGACUCCAAGAAAUCAUCGAGAAGAGAAGAUACUCACAUAAGGAAGGUUUCGUAUGCUGGCUCGCCAGAAAGGGAAUCUUCGCCAAAGAGGAAAAAGUCAAAGGACAAAGACUCGAAAAAGAGCAAGAAGCAGAAAAAGGAGAAACGCCGAAAAGUUGAUGUUUAA